AUGGCUCCUAAGUUGGAGGAUCCCGAUGCUUUCACGAUUCCUUGUACUAUUGGAAGUGCUGAAUUUGCUAAAGCUCUUUGUGAUAUUGGGGCAAGUAUCAACUUGAUACCCUAUUUGGUUUUCAAAACUCUAGGUAUUGGGAAACCAAGACCCAUGUCUAUGAGGUUGAAAAUGACCAAUCGUACUAUGAAUAGGGGAUUGGGAAUGAUUGAGGAUGUUUUGGUCCGAGUUGAUAAAUUUAUCCUUCCGACGGAUUUUGUGAUUCUAGAUUGUGAGGUUGACUAUGAAGUGCCUACUAUUCUUGGUAGGUAUUUCCUUGCUACGGGUAAUGCACUUUGUGAUGUGCAAGCCGGAGAACUCACUUUCCAGGUUGGUGAUGAACAAGUGGUAUUCCAUGUGUGCAAGUCUAUGCGUCAACCAAAUAGCAAUGAAGUGUGUUCUUUUUUGGACUUGGUGACCGAUGUUAUUGUCGAUGAUACUGGUGCUACGAUCAAUGUUGGUGAUAUGUUAGAAGCCAUUUUGCUCAACUUGGAUAAUGAUGCGAUGGAUAGUUUCAUGAAAUAA